AUACAUCAUGCUUUCUGUUUGUGCGGCCAGGUGGAACAUUUGAUAGCUGCCUGCCACCACAGGCACAUUUUUAGAUGGAAAUUACUCCCCCCCGGCACCCGCGGACCUUGACAAAUGGCCCUGGGCUGGAGCUGAUUGGCUCUGGGCACCCCUGGGCAACUUUAAAUUUCGGCACAGGGUGCAGAGCCCCCAGCAUCGCCUGCGGAACUGGGCUCCGAGCAGCACAGGUAACCUCCCUCCCCCCUGCCCUCAGUCUGCAGCACAGGGCUGCACCUCACAGCGGGUCAUGCUGUGCCCCCAGGAGCCAGCCAGGAUGCGUGCAGCCCUCUUCUGCCUCUGCCUCUACCUGCUGGGCACCGUGCUGCCCAUGCCCGUGCCACCUCCAUCCAGGGUGAGAGGAAACUGCCCUGGACAGCACCAGAUACUGCUGAAAGGUUGCAACACCAAACACGGCUUCUAUCUAUUCAAAUACAUAUACUACUUCACGCGGAGAAACCAGACACAGGUCAAGAAAGAAGAAGGUGACCACCAGGGCACAGUCCAUGGCCGCUGGCUGGGUAAGGCGGAUGGGGAGGCCCUGGGGCAAGGUAUUGGAAGCAGCCAUGUGCCAGAGGACAAGGAGAGCCCCAAGCCCCACAGCCACAUCACUCCAGCAAGCAAAGGGGAAGGCCGUGCUCUGCGCCCCAGUAUCAUUGACAGCAACGGUGUGUAUCCCACCUCGACCAGUGUGGAAGGCAGCGGUGACAUGGGUUCGAUGUUGCUGGGGGAGAUCAUCGAUGGUGAAGAUGGCCUCCCCCAAAGCACUCACCCUGGUGGACCUCAUGGAGAUGGCAAUGGUGGUAACGGUGUUACACUGGGAGUCCUGGUGGAUGGGGCUGUGACAGCGGGGAGGGAGAGGGCCACCGAUUCGGAAGGGGUUGGGGGUGAGGACAGCAGCCAUGCCACUGUGCCCGACCAAGGGCAAGUGGGCACCGUGGGGACGGGAGACUCUGCCAUCACCUCUGUCACCAAGAAGGAGGAUGUCCAUGUGGAUGCGGAAGGCAUAGAUGAGUUUGCAUUCAUCCCUGAUGUAGACGCUGUCACCAUCACCCAGGGGCAGGACGGUGAAACACAUAUCUCUCCAGAAGAUGAGGUGAAGAUUUUCGUUGGAAGACCCAACAUCCAAGUGGGUGAGAAUGACAGCAGUAUGGGCAGCACUGGUGCUACCAGAGAGGCCAAUGUCAUCCCUAUGGCGGUGACUGCCAGGCCUCAUGGACACCCUGAGGAAUCAGCCACCAUGGACACCCUGCAUCAUGGGGACAGUGCCGCCAGUAGGUCUGGGGGCCACCCUUCUGUGGGAAACAGUGGGGAUGGUGCCACUGCUAUCCACAGCGGACAAGAGCUGGGGGCCCCCAGCCUUCGGGAGGGCACUGGUGAUGAUGCCACUGUCAUCAUAACAGCCGGUGGCCAAAGAGGCAAGGGGAGAAGCGGGCAGAGGCCAAUGGGAAAGCAUAGCCUUCCUGCUACCAUGACAACUCGGGGUGCCAGAGGUACAGCCUCCUUAGGGCUGACUACGGGGGACUGCAGCACUGCUGCCAGCACACCAUCUAGGAAAGGGAGCCAGAUGUCCACUGCAGGGCAAGGAGAGAGCAGGGAGGUGGGGACAGCAGGCCCAGAGCGACAGAGGGCUAGGGCCCAGCAAGAGGUGGCACCAGCACCUGGUGUGGUGGGAGGAAUGGUGGUCCCAGAGGGGCAUGGGAUCAGGACCUGGACGGAGGUGGCAUCAGCACCUGGCAUAGUGGAGACAGCAGUCCCAGAGAGGCACAGGAACAGGGCUCUGCAAGAAGUAGCACCAGUACCCAGCAUGGUGGGGAAAACAGUGACCUCAGAGAGGCACAGGGCCAGGAUACGACCAGAAUCAGCCAGGCUGGGACAAGCAGCGAGGCCAGAGGUGGUGCCAGCACCCAACACCGUGGAGGGAAUUGUGGCCCCAGAGAGGAACCGGGCCAGGGUUUGGCCAGGGGCAGCACCAGCACCUGGAGUGUUGGGGGUGGCCAGGCCAGCCCCUAGCAGAGCCUAUAAUGGGGACAAAAGAAAUGCCGUGGGAAAGUCCACAGAUGUGCCAAGGGAUCCCUGGAUGUGGGGCAGCGCCCACCCCCAGGCCCAGAACACCAGGGGCAGCAAGGUGGCAGGAGGCUUUGCCCACCUGCACGGAGGGCAAAGGAUGGGGGGCCUGACAGAGCUGGAGCACUCCAGGCAGGUGGAGCAGGUGAGGCACGCCGACCGGCUGCGCCUGCAUGAGCGGGCCCUAUAUGGCCUCAGUGGGGUGGGCGGUCCUCUGCAGCCCCCCGCAGCCCACGCUGACCCCUGGAGUGCCGACAGCAGCCAGUCUUAUGAGGGGCAGUGGGGCAGCCACAGCAACAGCGCUGAGGAGGAUGGCGAGGUCAGAGGGUAUCCCCACGGCCGGGGGUCCUUCUGAGGAGCGCCCUCAAAAGUGUCAGGGUGAUGCAGCACCCUCUCGGCGGUGUAGGAUAGCAUUGUUUCCAAGGAAAAACGUGGGGAGAAAAGCCCUCCAACUUCAUCGUGCUUCUGAAGAAAUAAAGGCAUUUCUGUCACUA